AUGGCGAAUAAUAGUGAAGAAUAUGCUUACGAAGUAAUUGAUAACGAGACGGAUGCCUUUAUUUGUGCUCAAUUAUUAGCAGAUGAAUUUGCUAAACAUGAGCCUUUAACAAGUUUUUCUCAAAUUGGAUCAAAGGAAUUUUUGGAUCAAGUUAUAUGGCCAGCAAUGUUAGAUUCUCUUAAACAUCGAUUAUCAGUACUUGCGCGACACCGUUUGACAAAUGAAAUUGUUGCUACUAUUCUUGCUAAUGAUCUGUAUUUUGAUCAUAAGAAACAUCCUUAUAAUCCAUCCGAUCCACCGCACUCAUUUGCUCUUAUUGAUUUUGCAAGUGAAAUGGAUGAAGCUUUCAUCCAACGUGAUUUUGGACAAAAAUUAGAACCUUACAUGGUAUUGCAUAUUUUUAUUGGGACUACUCAAAAACAACAUUCUGGUAAAGGUAUAGCAACUCGGUUACGUGCAUUUAUAUGUGACAAUGCAAGAAAAACGCAAGGAUAUCAAUAUGCUUUUGUUCAAGCAUCGAAUCCAGCAACUUACCAUAUAUAUAUUGACAAAAUGGGUGGACAAAUAGUGACACUGUUCGAUCCUAAGACAUGGGUGUGGAAGAAAAAGGGCGAUGGAAAAUCAUGUCCAUUCAAAGAAUUUACGGGUGGAAUUAUUCCAAAUAUUCUCAUUAAGCUGACGUGA